CUCUGCGUGCGUGCUGCAGUUUCCUGUGAAGGGUUGAUGCAGGAGAGAACCAUGGCGGCCACUGAGAUAGCGCGACAAGCGGGAGAGGGUGCACGUGCCGUCCCACUCUCAGGUCAUGUUGGCUUUGACAGCAUGCCGGACCAGCUGGUCAACAAGUCCGUCAACCAUGGCUUCUGCUUUAAUAUCCUCUGUGUGGGGGAGACUGGUUUGGGAAAGUCCACCCUCAUGGACACCCUGUUCAACACCAAAUUUGAGGGUGAACCUACACAGCACAAUCAGCCUGGAGUGCAGCUCAAGUCCAACACUUACGAGCUGCAGGAGAGCAACGUUCGCCUCAAGCUUAAUGUGGUCAACACUGUAGGCUUUGGAGAUCAGAUCAACAAAGAGGACAGUUACAAGUCUAUUGUGGAGUUUAUCGAUGCUCAGUUUGAAGCAUACCUUCAGGAGGAACUGAAGAUUAAACGCACCCUACACAGUUAUCAUGAUACUCGGAUCCACGCCUGUCUGUAUUUCAUCGCUCCUACUGGACACUCGCUAAAGUCCCUUGACCUGGUUACUAUGAAGAAGUUGGACAGUAAGGUGAAUAUCAUCCCCAUCAUCGCCAAAUCAGAUGCCAUCUCAAAGAGUGAACUUGCUAAGUUCAAAAUUAAGAUCACAAGUGAAUUGGUGAGCAAUGGGGUCCAGAUCUACCAGUUUCCCACUGACGAUGAGACUGUGGCAGAGAUCAACUCAACCAUGAAUGGUCAUUUGCCUUUUGCUGUGGUGGGAAGCACUGAGGAAGUGAAGAUUGGGAACAAGAUGGUGCGAGCACGCCAGUACCCCUGGGGAACCGUCCAGGUGGAGAAUGAGAAUCACUGUGAUUUUGUGAAGCUGAGAGAAAUGCUGAUCAGGGUCAACAUGGAGGACCUGCGAGAGCAGACUCACACUCGCCACUAUGAGCUAUACCGCCGCUGCAAGCUGGAGGAGAUGGGAUUCAAAGACACCGACCCUGACAGCAAACCCUUCAGCCUCCAGGAAACAUACGAGGCCAAGAGGAAUGAGUUCAUGGGUGAGCUGCAGAAGAAAGAGGAGGAGAUGAGGCAGAUGUUUGUCCAGAGAGUCAAAGAGAAGGAGGGAGAGCUGAAAGAGGCAGAAAAGGAGCUUCAUGAAAAGUUUGACCGUCUCAAGAAGCUUCACCAGGAUGAGAAGAAGAAACUAGAGGACAAGAAGAAGGCUCUCGAUGAUGAGCUGAACAGCUUCAAGCAGAAGAAGACUGCUGCUGAGCUGCUGCAGGCCCAGACCCAGCAGGCAGGGAGCUCCUCCACACUUAAGAAGGAUAAAGAGAGGAAAAAUUAACUCCUCACCUGCUCCCUCCUCACCUGAGACACCUUAUGCUGCUUCUUUUAAACUCUGUCUUGGCCACCUGUUGGAAGAGGGGAUUGCAGCUUCCACGAGAACUAAGUGUCCACUCUUCUUCCUGUCUUUUUCACUCCGUCAGCCUUGUUUGAAUAUUUUAAUUUUGUUUUUUUUGUUUGUUUUUUUACUUUCAUGCUGUGUGCCCUGUUGAUGGCCUUAUGUGGGCUUAACAUGGUAUUUUUACAGCAAAUAUUAACUGUGUUUCUUAAUUAGGGCAUGCUAAGCAGUCCCUCAUUAGUAUUUUACAGACAUCGUUUGCUGGUGACACCAGAGCCAAAGCUCUGGUAGAAAGGCUGUGAACUAAAGGAAUGCUUUGGAGUUUUUAGUUCAGAUUUUUUUGUCUAUGAUAUUGCCUUGCAGUUUCAAUCUGUUCAAUUAAACAAUCAUUUUGUUUCUUUCAUGAGUACAUGUGUUUGUGAAUGAACCUGCAUGUCCUCAUCAACAUUAACACAGUGAUAACUGUGAGGAGCGAACGGAUACUAAUUUAUUUGCAAACACUAUAAUUUAGGUUGUGAAUUAAGCUGAGUAAGAUUAUUUUUAAGACUUGAAAACAUUUUGACAUGCUGGCUGUGAAUGUUGAGAAAAUCCAAAGAAAAUGAGCCCGAAAGUUCCUGGUUGUUAAUGCAGCAAAAUGUUAAGCGAGAGACAUUUAAUUGUAAUUUAAUGAGAAUCUUUAUUUGAAAGCAUGAGCUAAAUAAGCAAAAUCUGAGAGGUUUGUAUUGUAUGUUUUGUAAUUCCCUAUACAUUUCAAGUCUUAAAUAGUCACAGCAAUAUAGUUAUAAUUUAUUUAAAAUAUAAUCUUAAAGCAUAAUGAAGCACCUAUUGAAAUACCAUGUAGGUCACAUUCAGUGCCACUUUUUAUAUUCAUUAUCUUCUGUUCUUUUGCAUGCCCUGAACAUAUUUUUGUUAAUGGAGUUAUUCUUUGCGAAGACAUAUUUACUCUUCAAAUGCUUUAUACUUUGGACUAUUUUAUUACAUGUAUUUAUUCCAGGUACAAUGUGCAGUUACAUUCAGUUUAUAAAUGUCAUUUCCCAUUUUGGCAAAUACUGCAUUUCGAUAUAAUGUCAAGGGUUUUCAGUCAUUUAAUUUCAAAUAAUCAUGCAUAUGUGCAGUACAUAUAAUUUGUAAGGACCAAUUUUGCGUAUCAAUGUCCAGACAUGUUUUAAUGAUUAAUAACAUUAUUGACAAGUGUGUUUUCUGUGUGAAACAUUUGGGUGUCAAGACUGGCCUAAAUUUUUCUAGUCAUCUCCCAUGUUUUCCCCUUAAUUUCAAUAACCCCCACCCCUGUAAUACAAGAAAUUUGUGAAAUAUUUAACUGUAGUAAGAUUCC